CCCAAAGAGACAAAGAGGAUCGGAUCAUCGCCACCAAAUAGAAGAAGAAGAAGAAGUAGAAGCAAAAACCCUUCCUUUUUUCUACUGUCGCCGUAUAAAACAUUUAUCAAAGGCGGCGACGGCGGCGGCAAUGGCGGAUGUCUUCCCACCUCUCGUGACGUCGCAAAUCGAUGCCAAGACUAAAGUCGAAGAGAAAGUUGAUUACUCGAAUCUCCCGUGCCCUGUUCCUUAUGAGGAAGUCCACCGCGAAGCUUACAUGUCUUUAUUAAAGUCUGAGAAUUUUGAGGGUUUACGCUUCGACUUUAGCAAAGGGUUGAAUCAAAAGUUCUCUCUCAGCCACAGUGUAAUGAUGGGGCCAACAGAAGUUCCUUCUCAGUCACCUGACACGACGAUCAAAAUUCCAACAGCCCAUUAUGAGUUUGGUGCCAAUUAUUUUGACCCAAAGUUGAUGCUUGUUGGAAGGGUUAUGACUGAUGGUAGACUCAAUGCAAGAGUGAAAGCUGAUUUAACUGAUAAGUUCAUCUUAAAGGCCAAUGCUCUGCUGACAGGUGAGCCACAUAUGUCACAUGCGGUGUUCAACUUUGAUUACAUGGGAAAAGACUACCGAACCCAACUUCAACUUGGCAACGGCGCUCUAGUUGGAGCAACCUAUAUUCAGAGCCUGACACCCCGUCUAUCAUUGGGUGGGGAAGUUUUCUGGGCUGGUGUGCCUAGGAAGUCGGGUAUAGGUUACGCUGCAAGAUACGAAACUAAUCAGAUGGUCGCCUCUGCGCAAGUUGCUAGCACUGGUUCUGUAACUAUGAACUAUGUGCAAAAGAUAUCCGAGAAGGUUUCACUAGCCACUGAUUUUGUGUACAACUACAUUUCAAGAGAUGUUGUAGCUAGUGUUGGGUAUGACUACAUUUUCAGACAGGCUCGUAUCAGGGGGAAGAUUGAUUCCAACGGAGUUACAUCAGCUCUCCUGGAAGAAAGAUUGAGUAUGGGACUUAAUUUUCUUCUAUCUGCAGAGAUUGACCGUAAGAAGAAGGACCACAAGUUUGGAUUCGGUUUAACAGUCGGCUAAUAACAUAAGCAGAGCAGCACGCAAUAAAAGCAGUGGCUCUAUACACGCUGAGGCAGAUUGCAGCAGUCAGCCGAGGGAUUCGGUUAAAAUUUGUUAUUAUUUGUAUUUCCCUCUCAAGAUUUCAGUUUAGGCUUCUAUGAACAAAACCUUAAGGAAAAAUACCUUAGGAAAAAUGAUUGGGCUGUUGAUUUUCGGUUUAGGAUUUCUCUUCAAGACAUGCAUUAAGAAAAAAAUGUUUUUUUUUUGCCUU